ACACGCACCGACACACGGACACCCACGGACCCGUAGACAUGAACGCGUUCACAGUUGUUGCCCUGCUGCACUGCUUCCUGUUAGCAGCGCUGGUCCAAUCGGCUCCCGUCAGCUCGCCGUCCAACCCAUCGCAGACGUUCAAAGAGGUGGUUGAGCGAGUGAUGAGGCUGGUGGAGAAAAUCCGGAAAGAUGUCCGCUCCGUGCACGGCAGCAUCAUCAACAUCGACGGUUUGACCCUCGACCCCUCCAGUCAGACCGGAGAGCUGGAGAUGAAGAGGAUAAACCUGGGAAUCCCUGAUCCCCCCGUCCUCAAAGAGCUGUCCGAACAGUUCACAGCGGACAUGUGUGUGAGCCGUAUGCUGGCGGGCGGCCGGCUGUACCAGGGGCUGCUGGUAGAUUUGUCUCGCAGACUGGGGGGACUGGAGGCCCUGAGUGCCGAACUGAGAGACCUGGUGACCCACAUCAACCAGAUGAAGGACGCGGCUCAGCUGAGCAGCGACUCUUCAGAUCAGAGCAGCCUGGACUUGACUUUGAAUCUCCAUGGCAACUACGAUGUCCAGGUGGCGGCCCACCUGACUCUGUACCAGCUGCUCGAGUUCUGUCACGACCUGAUCCGCAGCCUCAGAAACUUGGCCGAAACACAGAUGGCUCGUGGGACACGCUAA